AUGGAAAUGGGUUUCUAUUUCUACUGUGCUUGUUGUUUACUCAUCAUCUUCCCAAAAGCUUUAACGGCAAUCUACACCAUUUCUCCAUCAGAGUCACUCACUGAUGCCAUGACCUUAGUCUCCAAUGAUGGAACCUUUGUGUUAAGUUUCUUCUCUCCAGGCACUUCCAAGAACCGCUACCUGGGAAUCUGGUUCAACAUCCCCAUGCAAACUGUUGUUUGGGUUGCAAACAGGAUAAACCCAAUAAAUGAUUCCACUGUCUUGUUGAAGAUAGAAACUAGUGGCAGAAUUGUGCUUCAAGUUCAGAACACAACAGCUGUUUGGUCGACUAAUACGACGGCAAGUGUUCAGAAUCCAGUAUUGCAGCUCCUGGACUCUGGUAAUCUUCCUGUCAGAUAUGGAAACGAUAAUAAUCCGGAGAACUACUUAUGGCAAAGCUUUGAUUAUCCAGCAGAUACAAUGUUACCAGGGAUGAAAAUUGGUUUUGACUUAAGAACUGGCUUGGAUCGAAGACUCACAGCCUGGAAGAACUGGGAUGAUCCAUCUCCAGGUGAUCUUUGCUAUGGUGUUGAACUUAAAGGAAGUCCAGAAAUGGUGCUAAGGAAAGGCUUAGAUAAGAUCUCUCUCAGUGGGUUAUGGGCUGGCACUGGAUUUAGUGGAGCACCAACUUAUAGAAAGCGAGUCACAAAUUUACACAUGGAACCCAGAAACUCAAUCCUGGCAGCUGUUACUAGCCUUGCCAAUCGACUAUUGUGA